CCUUGAGCUUCCCAUCACAACCGUUGCUUCUGCAUCUUUCUCUUUCUCAUCGUCGCCGUCGUCGUCCUUGCAGGUCCAAGUUUCUUUUUCAUCAUGCUCUCCAUUCUUUUGUCGCUCUUUCUCGCUGGUCGAGUUUUCGCUUUCAGCUUUAACGUAACUGUGACGCCAGCAUUGGCGACCCUGCCCCCCUCAGAGCUGCUGAACUUUUCGUUCACUGGGGCAAUCGACUCUUGCCAGUCGCUUUGCAACGAUGCAUCCACUGCGAUCUCCAAUUGCACUGUCUCUGCCCAGGCAGCCACUACAGCGCCGGACCCCACUCCUGACCCUGCCUCCGACUGUCUUUGCUCCAAUACUACCGUCUUAGCCCUCCUCACCUGCGAGCAGUGCAUCUAUACUGCUCAAAUUGCUGCCAAUGUUCGCCCCAAUGAUCCUCGUGCCGGCAGUCAGCCAUUGUUGGCAGCCUAUUCCGCUUCGUGCGCUGCUGCCAAGAUCAACCUCACCGCCCCUCAAACUGCCUUGACACUCCCCGCCAACUGGGAUGGACCAGCCGGCAUCCAUCUUUCCGCCGUAGGCACCGUUUUUACAGUCAUGGCAGCUACUGGCCUUGGGGUCGGAGCCAUGUGGCUGUUAUCUAAUUUGUGAGGGGGUUAGCAGCGCUGGCGCCAUAGUAGCUUUGUCUUUCAUUUGUGUUGUUUUUCAACGACGACAGCUGUGUUUGAGAGUUCGUGUUUGAUCUGGAUCACCAUCAAUGUCAAGUUGCAUCUCCCCAUA